GGGCCAAUGAGAGCCGGGAGCGCGCGGCCGUCGCUAGGCGCGCGCGAAGCUAGUGCAUGGCGGACGGCACGUUGUUCGAGUUUCUGCACACAGAGAUGGUGGCGGAGCUCUGCGCGCACGAUCCUGACCCCGGCCCGGGGGGAGUGAAGCUGAACCUGGCCGUGCUGGAGGGCGUGGGCUUCCGUGUGGGCCAGGCCCUGGGGGAGAGGCUGUCCCGGGAGAUGCUGGCCCUCAGGGAGGAGCUGGAUGUGCUCAAGUUCCUGUGCAAAGACCUGUGGGUGGCGCUGUUCCAGAAGCAGAUGGACAGUCUGCGCACCAACCACCAGGGGACUUACAUUCUACAGGACAACUGCUUCCCCCUCCUGGUGCGGAUGGCCGCGGGCUCCCAAUACGUGGAGGAGGCCCCCAAGUUCCUGGCCUUCCCCUGUGGCCUGCUCCGUGGCGCCCUCAGCACCCUGGGCAUCGAGAGUCUGGUCAGCGCCUCCGUGGCCGCCCUGCCCGCCUGUAAGUUCCAGGUGCUGAUCCAGAAAUCCUGACGGCACCCCUGCAUACCUGCCAAGCCCGGCUGCUGCUGCCUUCGGGGGUGAU